UGCGGUUUGAUAGUUUGGUUAGGAUAAUUUUACUCAAUGUUUCUUGAUGUACAUGAUUUUACUUUAAUAAAAUGAGUGUAACGGAAAACUGUUCGCAGAAGAAAAUUAAAUAUCUUGUUGCCGACACUACUGCGUUUAUUCAGAAUGCAACACUGCAGGAAAUUGCGAGUAAUGUGGUGACGUGCAAAGAUGUUGUAAAUGAAAUAAUCAACAAAAGACAACUUCGUCGUUUGGUUGUUCUUCCAUAUGAUUUGGUGAUAAAGGAAGUAUUUCCAGAAAACAUUAAGGUAGUCACAGAGUUUUCAAGAAAAACAGGAGAUUAUCCAAGUUUAUCAGCAACAGAUAUCAAAGUUAUUGCUUUAGCAUAUCAGUUAGAAAAAGAAAAAGUAGGCACAGCUCAUAUACGUACAGAACCAUUAGUUCAAAGAUCUGUAAAUAUCAUAACGAACAAAUCUGUUGCUGAACUUAAAGCAGAUACAGUUGGUUUCUAUUUACCUGAAAAAAACAAAAAUGAUAAACAUAAAUUUGAUACUGACCUCACAGAUAGAAGCAAAGAUGUAUUGGAAAACGUGGUCAGUGAAAAUUCUAGUUCAUCUGACAUACAAGAAUCAGAAACUUUGUUACAAAGAUUUGCCGCAUUGGACAUCGAUGCUUCAAAUUUUACUACAGAUGACACUAAUGCAUUGAUUGAAAUAGAAUCAGAAGAUGAAAAUGCAGCUGUUUCAGAUGAAGAAAAUAAAAGAGAAGAUGAUGAUGAUGAUGAUGAUUUAGGAUGGAUAACACCAUCAAAUAUUCAGAAUGCUAAGAAGCAAAUUAAUUAUACAAAUACAGAGGAAAAAGAAGUUACUGUGGCUUGUAUGACCACUGACUUUGCCAUGCAAAAUGUUUUAAAACAAAUGAACCUCAAUAUAUCAGCUUUAGAUGGACGUGUUAUAAAACAUUUAAGAACAUACAUUUUACGGUGCUACACUUGCUUUAAAACUACAAGUGAAAUGACAAGAAUAUUUUGUCCUAAAUGUGGCAAUAAAACUCUUAAACGAGUAGGGGUAUCGGUUGAUGAAAAUGGAAAACAAGUUAUACACAUUAAUGCCAGAAAACCCUUAACAGGAAGAGGGAAAAAAUUUAGUUUGCCUAGAAUAAAAGGUGGAAAGCAUUCUAAUAAUCCUCACCUUGUUGCGGAUCAACCAUUCCCUGAUCAAAGACCUAGUAGAUUAGCAAAAACUAAAAACAAUCCACUAGAUGAUGAUUACAUUGCAGGGUUCUCACCUUUUGUCAUGAGAGACAUAAAUUCCAAGUCAGCACAACUGAAAAUAAGGCCAAAUAGCGAAGUAAAAUAUUGGAUGAGAAGAAAUCCUAAUGAAGUCAUGAAACGUAAGAAGUAAAAAAAAGCAGUUAAGUAAAUAAAGUUUAUUUAUAUUUAAAAUGCUUA